AUGGAUCCCCAGAGCGUAGCUUUCCAGCCGCGCGACGAUUUCUGGCGUUUUCAAAGCGAAAUGCUCCGAGUGCAGGAGAAUCAAGCCGACCUCGCUGAUCGCGUCGCUCGCCUUGAGCGCAAGCAUGAAGACGAUUCACGCCUGAAGAACGUCUGGGGAACUUCAUCACCCUUCCCUUCGGUGUUGGGAGGGACACCCCAACAGGUUCCCCUGCAGCAGCCAACCGCCGAGCAUUUCACAAACUUUGACGAUCAGUCCAGCAACCUCAUCGGCAACCUUCAGCUCGAUGCUGAUGAGGAGCCCCGCCGUGUAGGCGCCACAUCCCGUGCGAAUAGUGUUCGCUUCGAUGAGACAGCCAACCACGGACACUGGGCACAUGCAUCGAGGUCAUCGCUGGAUCUAAUACCCCGCACUGGCAGCGGCAUGGGCGGACACGUCAUGAGUGAGCGCAGCUAUUCUCACAAGUCAGAUGGAAGGCAAAGCUCUGCUGGUCACUCAGUACAUUCCAUCGCCUCUGGUCGCGCGAACAGCCUCACUAGCUUUGGGCCGACAACGCCUCAAGACGCCCCAGGACUGGCUCCUGGCUUGUUCAUUCUCGGCUCCGUCCCUGCCAUAAUACGUUGCUGGCUCAACACUAACUUCAAGCACGAUACCCUAUUGUAUGCAGCAGUGUGUUCAGGCUCAUAUACAUCCUAUCUGGACUCCUAUAUGGUCGAGCACCUAGGCUUCCAGGACCGAGUCGUUAUAGAUGAGGAUGGUGCCCGGAAAAUCAAGCUGUCCGUAUAUCUCCCAGAGGCCGUGCCUAUCUCAGCGUCCUCGCGAUCCGACAGCCCGACGCCGCAGCUUCCUUCGGUGGGCGUGAAUUUCACUGUCAUCAAGGAGCACAAUGCUGAAGUCAACCCAAAGGCCAUCCAGAUCUUCCUUGGCAGCGACAUGCUUCGAGAGCAUAAUGCCGAUCUUCUUUUUUCUUCUAGCCAACUAACUCUCUAUGAUGAUGACCGCAGCAAGCUUCAGAUACCACUUGUGCGCCCGGAAGAUGAUCGCGCUUUCAAAUCUUUGCGCACUAGCGGUGCUUCCACGGCGAACCUGAACCGUACAACUUCUGCUCUUGCUUCAACGCAAUCGAAUCACAUGACCGAGAUUUCCGAUACUUCAGCAACUCGCGAUCUUUAUCCGUCGGCUGAGAAGUCGAAUAGCCAAGGCCUGACGACUAACUCUGACGAUGGCGGGUCAAGUGGCUGUGGGAGUCUUGAACAGCGUCCACAGUUCGGCCUUUCAACAUCAAGUCGCUCUGACAUCAAAGAUGCUCAAGAAUCAGGCCCCGCCAGCGGAGCGCCCCGCUCAGGAGCAUCGCCAGCUAUCUGGAGCAAUUGGCGCCGCGAUCAGGCGGAGAAAGCAAACACGGGCUCUCUGGAUUGGGCUAAUGUGGGUAAAACCACCAGCUCGAACCCCAGCUACCAGCGACGUGAUACUGGUAUCAAAGUAUUGAAGCCAUCUAGAUCGACACGUACCUUGUCGACGUCAAACUCAUCGCCAGUCACAGGACAGUCACGCUUCUUCGAUGAUGGAAAGCGAAGAAGCGAGGGCGAAACGAACAGCAAUCCAGCACCUCCUCAGCGGAAGAUCGUGGUCCCGCCAAAAGAUUCGUCCAACCCCGACGGCAGCCAUUCACCGAAUGUGGGAAGCGUCGGUGUAGGGUCCCCUCGCUCCUCCCCGCAACCCUCAGCAUCACCACCGCGAUAUCUGCCACCGCACCUGCACGACGAAGUUCUAGUUGACGCUCCCGACUCUGGUAGUCUUGCCGCAAGGGACAACAACUAUACUGGGGCAAGCUCACCCAGCGAAGCCUACGCCAACCUUACCCUCGACAGCCGCGAGGGCUCCUUCACCGAUCUCGACCGCACACGUACCGCCGAACAACACCCACAAAGACCCCCUCCACGGGCAUCUUCACCCGCUAAGCGCCUCCAUUCGGACAUGGACGACAAGACGGACGCCGACAGCACACGCAGCAACGACGCGCAGUCAGGCUCCCGAGCCAAUAAGCCCCUACCUACAGGAACAUCACAGCGCAGCGCGCGCGCAACUUCGGUAGAGAUGGCCGAUGCGCCCAAUGGUAGCAGCCUCAACGGCGACGGUGACGCCUCUUCACGUACGGAUGUCCCCAGCAUCGACGAGCAGGUGACUCGCGUUAUGGGCAUGAUGUCCACCGAACCCCUGGUGGACCGGCAAGAGGGUUAUGUCAUCUCUGAGCAGUGGUUAGAGCGCGUGUGGGCCAGGACGUCGGAAAACAUAAGCAGGCCAAACGACUUCAGUAAAGACGCAACCGAGGGCCCAGUCGGCGCGGUGGAUAAUUCGCAUCUUGUCGACACGGAACUGAUGCACGAGGACCUGGUCGACCAGCACGGAGAAGACUUUGUACCGCUCAGCAAGGCGGCGACGUUGGGCCAAGAUUUUGAGAUCUUGCCCCGCAAAGCAUGGGAGUUGGUGCAAAGCUGGUACGGGCUUGAGAAGUCAAGUCCCAUCAUACGGCGGUACGCCCACAACACGGUACCAGGGGGAGUCAGCGAGGAUAUCUCUUACGAACUGCACCCUCCCAUUUUCACAAUCCGAAAAGUGCGAAAAUCUCCGAGUUCUACCGACAGCAGCAAACCGGCCGUAAAGAUCGUUGCGAGCAGAUACGAGAGUUUCGUUGCCUUCAUUGAAGCUGCGAAAAAGGCCGCCGGCAUUGACCUCAGCAAUAAAGUCCGCAUUUGGCGUAUCCUCACACCUGCUCCUACAGAUCAGCCGCAGCCAUCGCAGCCCUCUGGCAUUUUGACCCCGGACGCGUCCCCUCGCAACGGAUCUCCUGUGGCGCCGGCACCCACCCAACGGCCUACGCUUGUCAUGGGCGUCGAGAGCUUCAAUGGUCUUGCCUUUGGAUCGGAGCGCGAGCUAGUAACCGGCAAAGAUGAGAAAGAGAAUGAGACUUCUAACGAGGACCUUACUCUGGCUGAUGCUGGUCUGACCCAGGACCAAAUCAUCGUGCUAGAGGAACAUGACGAAAAGGGCGAAUACAUAGCAGACACCACCAAAGCGGCGUCUAAGAACAAGACUAGCGCUCUAGUUGGUAAGAGCAACUCGAACAGCGGUAGGAGUACUCCAACGGGAGGUCCGGUGACGCGCGGAAGGAAGCAAAAUGGCAAAGUUCGUGGCCACGUUGGGCUUACAAACCUCGGCAACACAUGUUACAUGAACUCCGCUCUCCAAUGUCUACGGAGUGUCGAAGAGCUGAGCAUGUACUUUCUGAACAACAAAUGGAAAGACGAGGUCAACGUGGACAAUCCCAUCGGCUUCAAAGGUGUCAUCGCCAAGUCGUAUGCUGGGCUGCUAAGCUCUAUCUAUGGCCUUGACAACAGCUCCUCUGUCUCGCCCAAGGACUUCAAGCUCAAGCUAGGCAGGGCCAACCCUAUGUUCUCUGGCUAUGGACAGCAGGACUCUCAAGAGUUCGUCAGCUGGCUGGUCGAUGCACUCCACGAAGACCUUAAUCGUAUUCAGAAGAAGCCUUACCGAGAGAACCCUGACUCUGAUGACAACACCUUCCGCGACCCAGAGGCAGUCAAGCGACUUGGCGAGAUUUACCGGGAGAACCAUCGGGCACGUAACGACUCCGUAGCCAUGGAUUUAUUUAGUGGAUUUUACAAGAACACCAUGGUUUGCCCGGAUUGCGAGAAGGUCAGCAUCACUUUCGACCCUUACAGUCAGCUUACCUUGCAGUUGCCGGUAGAGCAGUCUUGGUCUCAUACCAUCACGUAUGUGCCACUCUUCGGAAAGCCCGUUCAAAUCGAGCUCGAUGUUGACAAGAACACUACAAUCAAAGCCUUGAAGGAAUUCGUCGGUAAGCGCGGUGGGGGCGUUCCGGCUAACCGCAUAAUGGCGUCGGAGGUCUACAGUCACAAAUACUAUCGUCACUUAGACGAUGCGUCAUCAAUAGCGGAGUCGAACAUUGGCGCGCGGGACGACAUCUAUUUCUAUGAAUUAGAAAUGGCUCCUAGCAACUGGCCCGCACCCAAGAAGAAGGGCUCGAAGUAUCGUGUGAUGCUUUCUCAGUCCUCCGAUGAGGAGAUCCCAGAAACGGUUUCACCACUUCACGACCGCGUUGUAUUCCCAAUGUUCCACCGUAUACCAAGUCAGUCUGCAUAUAGGGCUACAGGACAGUCUAUGGCAUUAUGGCCCAGCUUUAUCGUUCUCACUAGGGAGGAAGCGAAAGAUUACGACAUGAUCCUUAGAAAGGUUUUGGCUAGAAUUGCUGGAAUGACUACCCGCCCAAUUCUCAGUGAGCUUAGUGGGCCAGACCAAUCGCGCCCUGGGUCUGAUGUUGUGCUGACAACAGAAGAAGAUGCGUCACCAAACGAUCCACAAGUCAAAGACGGAUCUGUUGAAGGCGAGGACAUGGUCGAGGUUACAAUGACGGAUGCAAAGGACACGCCUAUCGCUCAAGCUAACGAGGUUGAUGAGAUUCCUGAAGUGCUCCGACCGGGCAGUUACAUCCAUCCGGAGUUUAGGAACCUGUUCGAGAUGAAGCAUACCAGGAAGAGCUCCGAGAUCGUCACUACUGGCUGGAGUACCGUCGAUUAUUCAAAACCACUUGAGCCUAUUUCGAAAAGAAUCAAGAUACCGCCAUCUCGAGAGGAAUCUGUACAAUCGUCCGCUGCUGGAAGCGAGACUACUUCUAGCGAUGAAGACGAGGAUGCGUCCCAGUCCACGGUCGUUGAUGCUGACGCAGCGAUCGAUGCAGCCAAUGUUAGUAGCGACGAGGAAAUGCAGUCGAUCGAGCCAGAAGCACCAGAGUUCGCACGAUCUGGCCGUCAGAACAAGAAGAAAAGUAAGAAAGCACGGAAACACGAGCGCAAGAUGGAGCGAAAACACAAAAACAAUAAGAACUUCAAGAACAAGAAGGCAGGCAAGAUGCCAGACCAACCGAACUAUCCCGAUGAUCCUGAAGACGAAUCUGACGAAAGACUACUUCGAAUGGGCGAGGCUCUUGUCCUUGAUUGGGAUUCUAAGGCUUAUGACGCUCUGUUCGGGGCCACAACGGCGGACGAUCCUAGGGGUGCGGACGCCAUGAAGUUCAUUGAACUCCUCGAUGACCCAGAGCUCCAAGAGAAGAAGGAGAAGCGUGCAGCCCGCCGGAAGCAUGGCAUCAACCUCGAUGAGUGUUUCAACGAAUCCUCCAAGAGCGAAGUGCUCUCGGAAGACAACGCAUGGUACUGCAGCCGUUGCAAAGAACGGCGUAGGGCAACAAAGACACUCGAGAUCUGGACCGUUCCCGACAUUCUCAUCAUACACCUCAAGCGCUUCAGUGGAGCGAGAAACUUCCGAGACAAGAUUGAGGAUCUGGUCGACUUUCCUGUAGAGGGAUUAGACUUGUCUGGCAAAGUCGGCUUCCCUGAGAACAAGGAUCUUACCUAUGAUCUAUUCGCCGUCGACAACCACUUCGGUGGACUUGGAGGUGGUCAUUACACAGCCACUGCUCAGAACUUCUUCGAUAAGCAGUGGUACGACUACAAUGACUCAAUAGUGAGCAAAUGCGAAUCAGGCAGGAAAGCUGUAUCGAGAUCAGCCUACCUUCUGUUUUACCGACGCCGUUCGCCUGUCCCUUUAGGCCCCCCCUCCCUUCAGCAGAUCGUAAGCGCCGACAUCAGCAACCCCGACUCUGACGAAGACAACGACGCAGAAAUUCGCUCCCGCUCACCGGCGGGAAACGGCUUGCGCCUCGGCGAUUCGUCCCGCAAUGGGUCGUCGAGCGCUGGCGCAGUCGCAGCGGGAGCCGUAGCCCUGCGCGGGGGUGGUUAUCCGCGCUCAGCAGCCGCGAACCGUCCAAAGAACGAAGUCGCAGCCGCGAGCCCGAGUGAUGACGAAGAUGAGCUACCGGCCUAUGGUGAAGAUGAGGGUUAUGCUGACGAUGUCCCUUACAACACCAACACUAACAUCUGGGAGGAUACCGAUCAGCCGGCCUGGAGCUUCAACGGCCUCAAUAGCACAGGCUUGGGUGGUCGCAACAACGACUCCGACGACGACGGCAUCCCAUCUGAUACUGGCGCUCUGGGUUCAGAGGCUGAUGGCGACUUGGGCGAUAGGCUCUUGGAGGACUUUGGUGACGACGGUGCGGUCAAGAGUGGUUGGGGUGGCGUUGGUACACCUGUUACGCAGCAGGACGACGAGGUUGCCGAAAUCCGGCUAGUUGAACCGCUGCACGGCAGCUGGUAUCUUCUCGCCUUCUUCAGCUAA